AUGUCGGUGCCAUUGUUUGUUUUGAGGAAUGAACGUAAUCGACGCUAUCCCCAAAGAAAGUUACUUGAGAGCCUCUCCGAAUUUGAAAUUAGAAAGCACACUGGCUUGCCAUGGUGGGGAGCUAGAGAGAUUUUGGGGUGGUUAGAACCACAUGUGGAACCGAAACAAUUUACAAAUCAUGCUGUGACGGCGGAAUCUAAAGUUCUUACGACACUGGGGUUCUUUCGAUCAGGACGUUUUCAAUGGUUAAUGGGGUCAGAUUGUGGAUUAUCCCAACCAACCGCGUCAAGAAUUAUAGAGCAGAUUACAAUCGCUCUCUACGAUUUUAUUUUAGGUCAGCCGAGUCUUGUUACGGAGUCGCCAAAAAUCGUAUCUUUUCCCGAUGCAGCUGAACAGAAAAGAAUUUCUACAGCCUUUCAUGCCAAGAGUAGAUUUCCAAAUAUAAUAGGAAUUAUCGAUGGGUCACAUGUGAAUAUAAUUUCGCCAAGUCAAGACGAAAGGUCAUUCGUGAAUAGAAAACAAAACCACUCAAUCAAUGUCCAAAUUGUUUGCGACGACCAAUUCCGAUUCAUUGACGCCGUGGCAAGUAAUCCGGGUGGCGCACAUGACUCGUUUGUGUUCCGAAAUUCUCACAUUCAUCACCGAUUUUUGACAGGAGAAUUUGGGAAUGGAAAAUUAAUAGGUGACUCAGGAUAUUCUCGUUCUCCGUUUAUGGAGGUUCCUUAUGCUAGGGGAAUUAUUACUCCUUUUCAGAACGAUUACAAUAAAAGGUUAACGUCCGUUCGAUGUGCCAUUGAAUGCACAAUUGGACGAUGGAAAAGACCGGGGGAGAACUUUGCUAUACUCCAACAAAAGUUUGUCGCCUAA